ACAUCCUGCUUGAAACGAACAAUGGAAGAAGGGUGCUAAUCGAGAGUAUUAGGGCAUUUGGUUAUUGUUACAAUGAAAUUACAGAGCGAUUUGUGUAAAAAUGUAUUAGUCGUAGUUUUCUUUACGACAGUCGUUUGUGCUAAAAAUUCAGAUGAAUCUAAUAAGCCUGAUAUUGCUAGGACUGGUAAAACGAAACGACAAAAGAUGGUACAAAACUCUGCUGUAGGAACUUUAUCAAAUGUUAUAACUCAAAUUCAAAAUUUACCAAACAUGGACCUCGGAAGAAGAUUCCAAACGCCUUGCAAGACUGGUAAUAAAUGUGGAAAGGUAAUUAAACGUCUAAUGGUGCCAAAAUUAGCUCAAUUGGAGAACACAAUAAUGGGGAUAAUGAAGGAGCUAUCAAAAAUGCCGCCGGGAUCCCGCCUUCCGGAUAAAUAUACUAAAACAGAACCCAUCAAGUUACUUUUGGAUCAGAACUACAAAGAGGACGUCUGCAUGGACAAACUGGAAUCUUGCUUGAAGGAAGAUAAGCGACGAAAGCGUAUUUUAAAGAAGCUUUUCUUCAAGAAAUAUAACUCCAUACGCCAGGAGUUGAUCGGUUAUGGCGGCAGGAGGCUUUGGGGCGGUGAAGGGAAUUUGUUCUAUAGAUAGUUGAAAUAAAGAUUAAAAUUAUAAAA